AUGUCAGAUGAUAUUGAUUUCCACACUGGAGAUGCCGGGGCUUCUGCCACCUUCCCUAUGCAGUGCUCUGCCUUGCGUAAGAACGGGUUUGUGGUUCUGAAAUCUCGUCCCUGCAAAAUUGUUGAAAUGUCAACUUCCAAGACUGGCAAGCACGGUCAUGCCAAGGUUCACCUUGUUGGUAUUGAUAUCUUCACUGGUAAGAAGUAUGAAGAUAUUUGUCCAUCCACCCACAACAUGGAUGUUCCUAAUAUUAAAAGAAAUGACUACCAGCUUAUUGGCAUAUAUGAUGGAUACCUGUCCCUGCUGUGUGACAAUGGUGAAGUUCGUGAUGAUCUCAAGCUGCCAGAAGGAGACCUGGGAAAGGAAAUAGAAAGUAGAUAUGAAGCUGGUGAUGACAUCAUGGUAAGUUAA